UGCGAACGGGCAGGCUCGGGGAACGAGAUUGCAGCUGGAGGGCGUGCGAAGGUAAGAGCACGGGUACGCGAGGUUGCAUAACAGUAAGUAUUCUACAUUGACACAGGCACAUCAUUUGUUGAGCAAUGGCUUUUCGCGUUCCAUCCUCGGUUGCAUCCAAAGCAGGAAUAUUUCAAAACUUCUACCGCCUUGUUUUCAAUCCACUUAGCAGCAUAACUCGCUCCAUCUCCGUGGAUUCGCGCUACUUUAUUCAAGGCUCUGCAGAAGACAUCCAACUUUCACGACCGGUACAGCUUGCGGGACGUAAAUAUCUCCCUGGCUCGUUCGCUUCUGGCUUCCCUGAGCAACUCUCUAGUCCUAAGGAAGGCUUUCCUCUCGUUUUGAAAGCAAGAAACAACGGCGAAUUGGACAGAAAGGGCAUUCAAUUUUGGUCCGAAUGUUUCAAGGAGCAGCUUCCAGGACUGUACGAAAAUUUUCGAAAUGGUGGCGCGCCGGUUGCUGUUCUUAUUCGUGGCUUACCUAUUAAAACCAGCAAUGAUUCCUCUCGUUUCAUAGAAGGAUUGGGUUUCGAGUUCUUUUCGUACAAAGGAGGCAGCGGGAUUCGCAAACAAGUCGACGACUUUGUAUUAAGCGGGGCUCUCGAUGCCCCUGAGUACUCGGUCGAGUUGCACAAUGAUAUGUCGUAUAGCACAGUUUUCCCAACCAAAUUCGUUAUAACGUGUUUAAAAAAGUCGAAAUUUGGAGGCGAGACAGGUAUAUGUAGUGGCCGAGAGCUGACUGCGAAUUUAGAUGCUGAUCUAAAGGCGAAAUUUGAACGGAAAGGCAUUCGGUAGGUCUACCAUGGUUUUGUUGGUUUUGUUAUUAAUUGUCAUAAUUUGCCCUCGCUGGAAUGCGAGGAAUUUUUUCGUUUUUUUUUUUGUUGUCGCAAGUGUGACUUUCCAUUGUGGCAUCGUGGGCUCAGGAUUGCGCAAUUUAGCCCCUGAGCUAUAAUAAUAUUACUGUAAUAUUAUAGCUCAGUGAAUUUAGCUAUCACAUUACACAUGCUCACUAUGAUUUAUAAACCAAUUCCUAUAUUUUGAGAAGAAAGCGAGACCGUACGAUUCAGCGUAUAAAGAAAUUGUACUUACGGAUGUCAAGUGUAUUACUGAACACCAGUAUUCUAGCGAUUUAUGGCCUUUGAAAAUCAAGCGAAAUUGUAUUGACAAAUCGCUCGCAGUAUGUAUUGUUAUUUAUAACAAAUCACUCGCACUACGUUUGUCUUUGUAUUUGUAAUGUCUAAUGGCGCAAUAAGGAUAAAAAUACCACCGUUCGAUUCAGCAUAAGAAAUUGUACUUACGGAUGUCAAAUGUAUUACUAUUUAUAUACUAUACGUCGAUAAUUUCAAUCAUAGUUUAAUAAUUAUUUUCGAUCUAUAGUAAUUCACCGUUUCCAGGUUUUUUUAUACCUUUACUAAAGCUACAAUAAAGCUAAAUUUGUAGGAAAUAACAUUUACACUAUCAUAACCAAUCAAAUCAAAUGCCCGGGUGUGUUCCCGGGGGGCGGGGGGGAGGGGGGGUUACUCCUGGAAUUGACUCAUGCAUAAAUAUUUGACAAGCAGUCUGGAAUAAGCACAGGAAUAAGCACAAUAAGCCAUUUUAUAGUAGCAAUAUGAAAAGUCAGUUUCUUUUUCCAUGACUUUUAAUGCAUCAGCCAAAUCCAAGUGUGCCCAUCCCCUCGCCCAGCCAUUUUCCUGUAAAGCACAUCCCGAGGGUUGCGCAUAUCCACUUGAACCUUAUGCACUUAUCAUCGGCUUCCCCGGGGGUCGACCCCUGGGACACCCCAGGGGGAACUCCCGGGAACAGGAGGGGAUUCGUUGUCUUUUGUAAAAAAUAGUGUCACUCGGGGAAGGGGAAUUGUUUGGGUUUGGUAACAGGCACUGUUAACCCCCGGGAUAAACCCGCGGGAUUUUGUUUCACAUAUGGUCAGCGGUAUCUAACAUAUAUGUCCAAUAUAGAUAUAACCAUCGGUUGUCAGGUGGUGAAGUAUAUUCAUAUUAUAUUUUUAUUUAUUACCUCGAACAUGUCUGUCAAAUGCAUUUAAAUAUAUUUAGCCAAAUACUUUGAAUUACGUUUCCCACAUGAGAACCGUAAUGUGAGAUAUAAUAUAUUCAUAUUAUAUUGUUAUUUAUUACCUCGAACAUGUCUGUCAAAUGUGUUUAAAUAUAUUCUGUCAAAUACUUUGAAUUACGUUUCCCACAUGUGAACCGUAAUGUGAGAUAUAAUAUUAUCUUUUUAUAUACAUAGUUAUAGUUGGCCACAGUAUAUGUAAGUAAUAAUAAAAUAUAGCAACAACUUCGACCAUCAUACACAAUCUUCAUCUGACAAACCUUCCCUGUAUAAUCACCCUACAUCAUCAUACACCAUCUGACAACCAUCUGACACACUUUGACCAUCAUAUACCAUCAUACACCAUCUGACAACCCUUCCCUGUACAACCACCUUACACCAUCAUACACCAUCUGACAACCAUCUGACACACUUCGACCAUCAUGCACCAUCUUCACCAUCAGACAUCAGAUAUCGAUGCCUGUAUUGGACAUUACUCGUAUCUAAGAAUCAUUGAGUUCGAAUAGUGUAAACUUCAUCUUACCCUAAUUUUUAUAAUUCAGGGCAUGCGCAAAUAAAUUCUUUCAAGCGUCCAUGCUUUACAUGCUUGAACCUGACAUUUUGGACGGUUAUUUUAAAAUUGUUUACUUUUCUGCUGUAUUUUGUAUCCAGUUCACCAGUUAUAUAAUAUUUUGUUUUUGUUAGGGAUGUUAUGUUUGCUAUAUUUCCAACCGCCAUGUAUUUUUCUGUUUAUUAUAUAAAGGACAGUCUUUGAAAAGCGAUAAUUUUUACACAAAGGCUUUAAUUGAAAAGCGAUAAUUUUCACAUGUGAGAUUAUCAUGAAUAAUUUCACAUGUGAGAUUAUCAUUUUUAUCAGUGCUCGAAAUCUCUAUAAAACAUUAUACUUUAUAUAAUAAAAAUUCAUAAAUUUGAACCACGCUAGAGCAUGACAACAGCAGAAUGCUCUAGUGUAUGAUGCCCCAUAUUUUGGGAGGUGAAAUACAUGAACAAUAAAUCAGAGAGUGUUUACUUGCAACUAACUGGGGGGGGGGGGUGCAACACACCUAAUAAUUGGGUUCAUGAGGAAUUUCAGGUAGAUUUCCAGUGCACUUUUAGGUAAAUUUAAGUAGAUUUGCAGAAGAUUUUCAGGGGAAUUCAGGUAAAUCUCAGGACAUGAGAAAGUAAAUUAGGAAAAUAACUGUAUUUUCGGAAAAAUUAUUAUAUGUCCUGAAACUUUUUGGACAUCUGGAAACAUUUUGGUAACCCCCCCCCCAUUCUAUCUAACCUCACACACCCCCUGAGACGAAGUGCUCGCAACGGCACUGAGUAUACAUCUUUUGAAAACAGGCGAGGGGUUAUUGCAUGCAUGUAUUUCUAGUUUUAUGAAUGACUUCUUCCACACAGAAAGUUUGAAGGAAAUCUGUAAUUUUAAGAAAUUUGAUGGUCGGUUUUUACACGGACUGCCUCUUAAAAGGGGUUAUUGUGGCGAUUAAAGUCGCAGAACCUAGCGUGUUGUAGCGACGGCCGAGACUACAAUAGCGUGCAAAAAUAUUUUUAGCCGUUAACAUUUUUGGCCAUUUUAAAGUAUGUCGGUCUCCCCCCUGCCCCCAUGAUCAAUGUAGGAAAAAGUGGGUUGAAUUUUCUCUUUUCAGUCAUCCACACAACAUUGAAUUGGGGGUGAGGGGGGCAUUUAUGCGGUUGUCUCAAUACUUUUUUCUCCUGAUUGUGUACGUACUGAUUAUAUAGACACGUUACACACACGUUACACCACACGUUACACCACACGUUACACCACACGUUACCUGAUAAUCUGUAGUAAAACAUAUAGAGAUGCGACACGUAACACACACAUAUAUAUAUAUAUAUAUAUAUAUAUAUAUAUAUAUAUUUAUUUAUUUAUUUAUUUAUUUAUUUAUUUUCAAAAACAAUUGGUGUAACGUGUCAUAUUUCUAUAUAUUUUACUAUAGAUUAUUCAAUGAUAAAAGAGUGGGUUGAAUUUUCUCUUUUCAGUCAUCCAUACAACAUUGAAUUGGGGGUGAUGGGGGCAUUUAGACGGUUGUCUCAAUAAUUUUUGCUCCUGAUUGUAGGAUCUGUCGCUAUUUUUCAAGUAUUUUGUCUUUAUGCAAUAAAGAACAAGAAGUAAAACAGGACGAGGUAGCAAAUCUUCGAGUUAAGUCCUUCGAGUUAAGCCCUUCGAGUUCAUUAAGCCCUUUCGAGUUAAGCUCCGAUCACGCCCAAACCACGCCCAUGUCACACCCUUUUCCGUUGAGGCCUUAACUCGAAGUACAGAACUGGACUUAGGUACUUCGAGUUAAGCCCUCUAAAAAAUAGGGGCUUAACUCGAGUAAAGUCCAAAAUUUUGUUCUUAUAGAGAGUUACAGUUAAGCCCCAACGUUUGAAAGAUAUAAACGAGUUACGGAAAAUAAACAAUAUUCAUUAUUUUUAGUAUAUAACGUAGUAACAAUUAAGGAACAUAAAUGUUUUAUUUGGGCCAGAAACGAUCGGGACGUGUCGCCAACAAUUUACAUGGUAAAGUCUUCUACUCUCUUGUUACGAGGCAUUAUUUAGGUAGUGAAUCGUUACAUCAAAGUUAGAUAACUAACAGUUCUUAAAUGUUCAAUACGGUUUGUUCCUUCGUGUUCAUGCAGGUUCUUCUUGUAGUAGUUUUACUAACGUUUACUCAUUCCUUUAAAUUUUCGUUGUCUUUAGUCUGUCUUCUUUGUCCGUGCUGUUUCGUUUUGAGUUUUCGUAGCUUUUCAUCAUUUAAGUUUUACUUUGUCUACGUCCACUCGACUUUCACUGUGCACGUCCUUUUAUACUAACGGUCGAGGGGAUCUCUGUACACGCGAUCUAACAGGUGGUAUGAUCUGUAUCCAGGCAAUCAACGUUGAGCUAUGGAAAAGUGGGUUGGCUUUGCUAGCUCGUUCCAGCUCUCACAUUCUGUUUGUUUAAGGCGUUGUCGCACUUGUCGAGUCGGUUCGCUGUUCAAUCGAUCAAUGUUAAAAUAUGUUCACAACUUAAAAUACUUAUCAAAAUAUCAUAGUAAAAACUUCAAACUAUACCUAUGUGAACCUUACUUGACCUACUAACCUAAAUUUACUCGUAAUUUUAUUGAACUAAGAUUCUGAUGACGUAAUAUUUUAAUUGCAUGACCGAGUGUUAUCUAGCUUGGGAUGACUCAUAUUUUACGCCUGAGUCUGUCCACGUGAAAAGGUCAAUGUUCAUGAGACCCAAGGCAGCUGCCCUGUUUAAACAGAUCUGCCCACAAGACAAACCAUAGGAAACAGGUCAAUCAAAACAUGACAUUGUCACAUACACAACGGCAGCUAGUCUAACAAACUGUCAUAGCUUAAUGGAAGAAAUAAUGAAUGUUUUCCGAAGAACCGAAAUAUUUACAUUACUUUGAUUUGUGGCAAAAUAUCCAUUAUCUCUUCUCAUUAUGCUUAAAGUAAUAUUUGCUUGAACAAACAUUUCACCUGCUCUCAAGCAAACAUCUUCUGUGUUUUAUAUUUUACCCUAAAAUUCUAUGUAUAAGUAAUAAUGUUUCGUAUUAUAUUAUUAUUAUUAUAUUACUAGUAUUAUAUAUUAGUCUUAUAUAAAUAUAUUACUAUACAUAUCCACAUUAAAAUUAAGAUAUGAAAAUAGUUUUCCAGUUCAAGACAGCUAGCAAAAGGCUUAUAACCAGAAUUUCAUAACACUCACUCAGGUUGUCCAAAGCAACCGGUCAUUGUUGUAAGGGUUUGUUUAAAAUCCAUUUCUAUACAGACGUGGUAGGGUGUCUCCCGCAUGGCAAGACGCCUGCAAAUACAUAUACAAAGUUGUAAAGUUUCCGUUUUGUCAAUAAUUAUAAUAGCAUAUUUAUAAUUUCAAUUCUUACAAGAUCUGCAAUAAGUCAACAGAAUAAGUAUUCUAAAAUGUGUUGUUGACAGGAAACAGUGUAAACUCAUGAUCUUCACACGAUAUGGUCUCAUCCAAUAUGACACAAGAAUUUGAGACCCCCACCUCAGGCAUGCCGGGGGCGUUCACUUAUUUGGUGUACGAAAUUCAGUGAAAGCCCCUACAGCCGGGAUAAAAGGGCAAGGUAAAUUUCUUCGGUCCUGGAAUCCCCAGGUAUUCAAUUGGAAUUUUUACUUGGAAUUUUUACUUGGAAUUUUUACUUGGAAUUUUUACUUGGAAUUUUUACUUGGAAUUUUUACUUGGAAUUUUUACUUGGAAUUUUCCAAACCAUUCCUUUACUAUUUAUUCUGUAAAAGCCUUUCUUACAUAGCCGCCGACUUCUUUAUUUCAGCAUUUAUAUACAGCAUGUACGUAAAACAAUACCUGAAUCUCCUACCAUGACCUCGCUCAUUCACCGACUUGGACACUGAAAGUAAGUGUCUACCAUGUUUCCAGGAAAUGAUAGACCAGUGAAUAGAAGGCGAUUGUUCUUACUUUCCCCCUGGUAUGCCCAAAAUGGGGUUCAAAUGACUGGUGCAAUUAAAUAUGCUUAUGCACUGUAUUUGGAAGCUAUUAAAAUUAUUCACUGAUAAUACAAUUGAUUGAGAAAGUUCAUAAGUAUAUAGCUUUAUAAUACAGUACACCUUUAUACAAUAUGCUAUAAUUCCGUUUCGGCAUUUAUAGGCCAAGACGCCAAGUGACCAAUAGCAAAAAGCAUAAUAAAACACAAUAUAUUACACCAUUAAAACUUUUAUUACUAUCAUAAAUAUAUAUUAAAUAUUUUAUAUUUACAUGCAGUGUGCUUGAAAAAAAAACAACUUGAGCGCAAUGUUUAACAUUAAACAACUUAACAAAAAAUGUUUAAAUGAAGAAACUUUUUAAUAGCUUCACAUUUGACGUUUGUUCGAUAUUGUUGCUUACUUCUAAUUCAUCAUUGCCCAUUUUGUUAUUUUCUUUCCUUCUAUUUGAGAAUUAUCUCCAUUAAUCCAUAGAAAACAAGCAUUGUACGUUUUUAUUUCUUCGUAAUUCGAACGUGCACUCCUUAAAGCCUGUUUUCCACUAGGUGGAAUUUUUCGCGCGGAGCGGAAUUUUUCUUUGUUUUUUCUAAUUAGUUCCACCCGAAAAAUCACAAGACAAAGAAAAUUUCCGCUCUAUGCGCAAAAUUAAGGCAGCCAUAUUGCCAGAAUAUAUGUAAACAUCCAAUUUCCAACGACCAAUCAAAUCACUUCUGCCUCGGCUUGUGGCAACGUCAGGCAGCCGAGUAUCCCUGGGAACGAGGAUGGCAUUCAACAUUCAUUCAACAUGCAUGCAUAUAUUUCUAGUUAUAUAUUUGUUCCCGAUUUAUUCUUAGAAAUCUGCGAUGUUUUGUGGACAAAAGCGAAGGCACAGACUGCUCUUGGCAGAGAGUCUUACUAACCGAAGAUAAGAACGAGGCAGAGAAAUUCCUGGUGGCGAAUGGCUAUACGUUCAAAUGGGAGGGCAAAACCCUAGUGUAUUGGAGCGAUGCCUCGCCAACUAUUACCUAUCCGCUAACGGAAGAAAAACUUUGGUUCAAUCAAGUACAUAGUUGCCAUGCUUCGUACUUUAAAGCGAUGCCAAUGUACGAGGGAAGUGAUCUGGCAGAUGAGAAAUAUCCAGCCCACACCAUUCACGCGGAUGGGGAUAUCAUUGAUCCAGAUGACUUGGAUAAAGUAAGGCGUACGGGGUGGAGUACUGCAGUUGGAGUCUCAUUAGAGGAGAGUGAUGUAUUAUUUCUUGAUAACCUAGCUGUACUUCAUUCAAGAUUAAGCUUCAAUGGCGAGAGGGUUGUUACAACAGCAAAUUUGUAUUAAGUAUAUCACUGCACUGUAAAUUCCAUAGAGUCAAGACAACGUAUAACCCCAUAUUUGACCCUAGAACGACUCUUUUGGGGUCGUUUUGAGUUUACAGAAUUUUGAAAAUAUAAACAUCACAUUAGUCGUAGACGAAAAUAAACAUCAUAUUAUGAGACAAAAUUAUGAGUCUUGUAAAUACUAUAUUAAUAUUCCAUAUAUGCACCUGGGAACGAGGUUGAUAUGCAUGCAGGUUCAAAUGUGCAAUUUAGUGUUAGAAUCAGUUAAGUAUAUUUCAAAAACUCAUUAAUAAUUCGUGAAGAAAACACAAAGAAAAAUCAUAAGCGUGUCGUAUCUUUAUACAGGGUGUCCCCCCAAAAAAGGCGGAAAACCAUUGAAAUAAUUACGUAUUUUUUAAAUUUGAAUGCCCUAGCACUAAGCUGAACGCAAAGAUGCGUAAAAUAUUGACAAGGGUGCAUGUAAUAAAAUACUUAUUAAGAAAUUAAACUAUCUUUGUAAAGCGCACGAUUUUCUGCACUUGGGAAUUUAAAGCAGCUUCCUAAACUGUUUGUUUAAUGAAUAAAGUUUACUUACGUCAAGCUUUGAUGCCCAUGUGGGUUCAGCAGAGUGCUAAGGCAUUCAAAUUCUAAC